CACUUUCUAAUUUAUAAUUUGGUUUAUCAAUAUUUAUCUGCAUAUGACUGCAGCUGGAAUCACUAAGUUUUCACAGAGAUUACAACUAAUUAGAUCACAAAAAGUAUACCAAAUUAAACGCAUGAUGAGUACGUUUUCAAAUAUUGAUGACAGAGCUGAAACACGAAAAAACUCGAAGGAGAAAGAGAUAAAGAAAGAGGAGUGGUGGGUGCCACAUCCUCGAACAGGAAUUUAUUUUCCAAUAGGGCAAGAAAGAGUGAUGAAUGAUAUACCAAAUGGUGCAGCCUCUCUUCCCCAGAAUUAUUGGUUAAGGAAUGAAGAUGGUGUUGAAAAACCCGACCCGGAUUCUCCUAUUGCCUAUAAACAUUACUAUUAGUUCUUAAGUACUUAUUAGAUAAUAAAAUAAAAGACUUUGGAUCUUCCAAAAAUAACUAGUGAUCUUAUAAUAUUUGUGUGAUAUAUAUAGUUGUAAUGUAAUGUAAUAAUAAGAUACG